CACAGCGAUCACAUCAUCAUUUCGCCGAGAGAUCAGGUGGGUUGAACGAAUAGGGAGCAGGUGCGCCUUAGAACCAGAGGAACACAAGUUUUGUCAUGCCUAUAAAAUUAGUUUGGCGUUUCCAUUUUUUCCGCCAUAUUAGUUCAGGGCAAGGGUUUUUGAAAUAGAGACAGGAGGGGGUUUGGGAAGUGUUUUUGGUGUUUCCAUUUUCAUUUCAAAGCGAUGGUGGAGGAAGUUACGGUGAAGCAAGCAGAGAAUGCGGCCACAAAAGUGGAGGAAGCCCUAGCCCCCACUGGUCAAGUAGCGCAGUCUUCGAAUGAAGCAACCAUUGAGUCCAAUGCUCAGGGAGACACGGAGUCUUCUUGCAACAACAACGCUGACACUUCUGCGCGGCCUUCUGAUGCAGAUCGUGAGAAAUCUUUGGAGUAUGCGGAGGAGUUGAUGGAGAAAGGGUCCAAGGCUGUGAAAGAAAGCGAUUUCUCUGAGGCUACCGAUUGCUUCAGCCGUGCCCUUGAAAUCAGGGUUGCGCAUCAUGGUGAACUUGCUUUUGAAUGUGUCAAUACAUACUAUAAAUAUGGAUGUGCGCUACUAUACAAAGCUCAAGAAGAGGCUGAUCCAUUGGCUACCAUGCCAAAUAAGGAGGCUGAAUCCCAUGAAAACUCUAACAAAGAUGGAUCAAUGAAGAAUGCUGUAAAUGAUGAAUCUUCGACAGCCUCUGUUAAUGCUGAACAAGAUGGGAGUUCAAAUGAUCAGAAGGUAGCUGCAGAUGAUGACACCAAUGGGAAGGAGCAGGAAGAAGAAGAUGAAGAAAGUGAUGAUGAAGACCUGGCUGAAGCAGAUGAAGAUGAGUCUGACCUGGAUUUGGCAUGGAAAAUGCUGGAUGUCGCCCGGGCAAUUGUUGAAAAACAUUCAGCAGCUGACACAAUGGAGAAAGUGGACAUAUUGUCAGCAUUGGCUGAAGUUGCUUUGGAGAGAGAGGAUAUUGAAACUUCUCUCAGUGACUAUCAGAAAGCAUUAUCUAUUUUGGAACGCCUGGUUGAACCAGACAGUCGACAUAUAGCUGAACUAAAUUUUCGGAUAUGUUUGUGUUUAGAGAUUGGCUCAAAGGCUCAGGAAGCAAUUCCAUACUGCCAGAGGGCUAUAUCAAUUUGCAAGUCUCGGGUGCAAAGGCUCUCAAAUGAAAUAAAGAGUUUGUCAGAAUCACCAGCAAUAUCCCCUACCCCUGAAUUGGAUCAGUCUGCCCAGCAGUCUUCCAAUGUAUCCCAAGCUGGCAAUUCUAUUUCUGAUAAAGAGUCUGAGAUUGAAACACUCAAUGGCCUAGCUAGUGAGCUGGAAAAGAAGCUUGAAGAUUUGCAGCAGCUGGUUUCCAACCCAACAUCAAUUCUCUCAGAAAUCUUGGGGAUGAUGUCUGCCAAGGCUAGAGGUGCAGAUAAGGGUGCAUCCCCAUCAGUGAUGGGUUCUUCCCAGAUAGGUUCUGCUAACAGCCAUGGAGGUUUUGACUCUCCAACUGUUUCCACUGCUUCUCACACUAACGGGGCUGCUGGAGUCACACAUCUAGGUGUGGUAGGAAGAGGAGUGAAGCGAGUGUCAAUGAACUCAGGCACAGCAGAAUCAAGCCCAAUGAAAAAACCUCCAUUGGAUUCAUCACUGGAUAAGGGUGAUGAUGGCAGUGCAUCCUGAAGAUAUUGGAGUUUUGGAGGUGCAUGCUUGGACAAUUCUUGGUGUGGACUAGUUGAAGUUUGAGUGAUGAAUCUCGCCAUUCAAAUAAAGUUGAGUGUCUAGAGGACUGCUGGUUUAUCCUCUUUGCAAGUUGCUUCUGGUGCCUUGCUUAGUCUACUGGUUGUCUACAGUCUAGGGUAGUAUGCUAUUAGUUUUUGCUAUAGCUGUGAAGAACAGUACCUGAAAUGUCCACUAUUCUCUGAAUAGUAAGUUUAAAAGUUUCAGCAUUUUAAAUGCACUCCUUCCAAUUCAAGAGCAUAUGAUUAUUACAAAUAGAAGAUAUGGUGCUAUUUAUUCUAUA